GGAUAGAAUUUGACAGCUGAUUUUAAUCAUAAAGUUCCAAAACACAACACUUUCUUGUUGUUUCGAAGGGUGGGUGAGCGGAUGGUUUUAGCGGGCUGAGGCCGCAUAUUGUUAUUAACAAGUUGCGAUUAUGUAGAUUAUUAUUGACAUUUUAGAUUCCGAAUACAAAAAUGUCAACUGUUCUCUUAGCUGUUGUUGCUGUAAUAUUGUGUGUACUUUUCCGAUUACUCAAUGUGAACAGUCAGCCUCAAAAACCUGUGAUUUAUGGGAAAGACCGAAGUUUCAUCGAAAACAUUUUGUUUAUUUCACCAUUUAUUAACGAACCAUAUAUUCCGACACGAUUAUGGGGCUUCAGCGGCCACAUUCAGACCAUCCUCCACAGUUUAAUAGGGCGUGUCCGCUGCCCUUGGCCCAUUGGCGGUAGAAUAUCAUUGGUCUUGCCGGACAAGUCUACAUUGACCUAUGACUUAUAUGAACCAGUCGGUUCAGAGCACGAAGAUGACGUCACAGUGGCCAUCUGUCCUGGAAUAGGGAACACGUCGGAGAGCGUAUACAUCCGAACCUAUGUGCAUUAUUCGCAAUGCCACGGGUACAGGUGUGCAGUUCUAAACCACAUCGGAGCUCUAAACAGCGUGCCGGUCACCGGCACUCGGAUAUUCUCAUACGGUCAUACAGACGAUUUCAACCACAUGAUAGAGAACCUGUUGGAGCGAUACCCUAGUACCAAGAUAAUACUAGUUGGGUUCAGCCUCGGCGGUAAUUUGAUUACGAAAUACCUCGGCGAGGAUCGGAAGCGGCCCACCAACAUCAUCGCAGGCAUUUCCAUAUGUCAGGGAUACAACGCUAUUGACACUAUGGUGUAUCUUCUGCAGUGGCAGAAUUUCCGCCGUUUCUACUUGUACAUAAUGACAGAUAACUAUCGUAAUUUAAUAACGAGACACAAGAGAAUGCUCCUUAAUCCAGAGAUGAAGAGCAGACACUCGUUGGACGAAAAAAUGAUCGUUUCAGCUGGUACUUUGCCCGAUUUAGACGAAGCAUACUCAAGAAAAGUUUACGGGUUCGAAUCUGUUGCGGAUCUAUACAAAUGGAGUUCGUCAGCGUUCUAUUUGGACAAUAUAAAAACCCCGAUGAUAUUCAUAAAUGCUCGCGAUGACCCCAUAGUUCCCGAACCGCUGUUACCGAUUAUUCGUGAAUUUGUCAGCUCGAAUGAUAAAGCAAUGUACCUAGAGUUGGCGCACGGUGGCCACCUCGGUUUCUACGAGGGCGGCCUACUGUUCGCCAAUCCUGUAAACUGGCUCGACCGCGCGCUGGUCGCGUUAGCUGGGGGCUUACUCAUGGCCCACAAUAAGUGCUCGCAGAAAACCGCCCCGGAACCAAUAGACUGCCCAAACACGGACGACGAGCCAGAUCUCAUCAAACCCGCCACCAUUGUAUACCGCGACCCGUUGGAUAAAGCAUACAAACUUUGAAUUUACUAACCGAAACACGUUAGACUCGCGAUCCGGAUCCCGGAAUUCAGCGCACUGUAAUCCGACACAAUUCGGAACUAUAGAGGGUGUAUUGUUUUAAACUUUCAUGGUCACUAACAUUAUAGCUAUUAACGCGAUCUGAUACUGUGAGUAUGGUGUGUCGGGAACAAGUGCGAGUGAAUAGUGAGAAUGUGACCAGUGGUAGAGGUAUCGAACGCAAUAAAAGACGACGUAAGAGAGUAGACCGAUAUGUUUGCCAAUAACAUCUACCCGCAAUUACUUCAGUUACUUCGUGAUCAUGGCGCUUGCAACAGUGCAGAAAUAUCUGAGACUCAUAAAAAACAAGGUACAUGGUAACAAUCCCGUUAAUAGCUAUAGCUAUAGGGUGGUCUUAAAGCCGCCAUACGCGAGUAGUUUGAAGCGGUCUGGGUGGACAGCUUCAAGCUGCGGCCGCCUUUUACUACAGUCUUCUAUGUACAAUUGUAGCAACUGCUUUUGUGGUUAACAGCUCGGUCAAAUGGCAGUUUCAAGCUGUUGACACUGACUGCUCGAGUAGUUCGUCUAUGGCCGCCCUUAGGCAGUAGGUACUCUAAAAUCUGCAAAACAUUUGUCGGAUUCCCGCGAGUCUACUGUACUUUAAAAUUUAGAAUUUUUAAUCGGGUUAGUUUUGUGGUUAAGACCAUCAAUGCUUCACUGGUAGGGUAGUUAAAGGAUAAGGUAAGGUGCGCCAGCUGCUAUCUUCAUCAAUAAAACUUUUAAUUUAGUAACUAACAGACAGGGUAGAUUCGAAAAGUUGCUGGCAAUCUAUAACGUUUUUGAAGUUUUUAUGCUAGCACUUCACAUGACACAAUUCUUCUUGCUACAUUUAUACAAAUUGGACUCAGUCUCUCCCUUAUCAUGCUUUAUGGGAAUGAAAAGAGUCUUCCCACAAAUUCACUAAUAGCAAUAGUCAUGAGAAGUGCUAGAAUAACACCUUACCAAUGUCAAAUGAGGCGUCAACGGCUCUUUUUUUAAGUAUAUGAUUUAUAUUUAAUGUUCUGCUAUGAAAAUUGCAGCGUGAAGCUAUUAUAAUUAUAUAGGCACCAAUAUUAACGAAACUAACGAAUCAGUGUAUUAUUAUAAGGAAUUGUACUAAUGAUGACUCGCAAAAUAUGUAUUAUAUUAUAAACUAACGUAUAUGUUCAAAAUUAUGUAUUCCAGUACUUAACAAAAAAAAUCUGUAUAAAACUAAAGAGCGGUAUUCAAUUGUGCAAUAUAAACUUGGAGUUAAAAUGAGUUGAGAGAUAUGUAUGCACAUGCCGGCUCAUUGUGCACAUUUUGUAUAACAAAAAAAAACAAUAGUAAUUAUAUCAUAGUUGUUAGUUAUUUUAGCACAAAUUCUGAAAUAGUACUACAGUAGUAUUAAAAUUCCAGUGUAUUUUGAAAGUUUUAAGAUACUUUGCCCAAAUUUUUUUUGUCAUAAUAUGUUUUUGCAAUUUCUGAUAAACAAGUUAAAUUUAGGCAGUGAUCGAGAUGAAAAUGAAAAUGCUACUGUGUAUUUUUUCUGUGAAUUUAGUAUGUAUAUUGCUUAUUAGCACAAGUGGUAACUAAUUUAAAUAGUUGACGCAGACCUCAUUGAAUGUCAUUUACAAACGAUUUUUCCUACACCGAUGGUGCUUACGAAUUUUGUAAUUGAAACUCAUUAUUUAUUAUGCUAAUUUCACAGCUGUUAUGCUAUAGUGUGUACACUAAUCUGCCAAUUUUAGGCGAUAAUCGGUUGCAUUCUAGUAGUAUGUAUAGUAUUCUGUCAUAUUCGAGGUAAAGCCGAGCUAUUUUCAUCUUGAAGACCAAUUUCUACUGUACCAAUGACGGAAUACCUUACAAAGUGAAAUGUUCAUGUUUGUUUAUCGUCGACAACAACGUCUCUGUCAAUUGUUUUGUGCACUGAAAAUUUGUAUAGAUGUAAUAAUGUGAUUUUUGUGAGAUUUGCCAGCUUACAGUUGUGUUCACUGUUUAGGUAACAUUAAAAGUAUUAUUUGUGAGUAUAGGUAGGUACUUGCCAUGUGCGAUCAGUGUACUUAUAUUAACAUCAUUCCAAAUUUUCAUAAAAGUAUGAUAAGUGCGUUUGGUAUUGGUGAAGUAAUUGGGAUUUCAUACUUUUAAAGAAGAUACGAGACAAUAAUCAGGUCCAUGCAAAACUAUUUCAUAUGUAUAUAAAGAAUGCCAAAAAUGCCAUGUAUUGACAAAACAACGAUCUUAAAAAUUAAUAUAGUGAAUGAAUGUUGUAUCUAGCCUAGAAAAAGAAGAAGAGAGUGAAUGGAUUUUGAAUUGUCCAAUACAGACUUUCUGAAGUCGUUUGAGGCUAUCACAUGAAUUCUUUAAUGAAAUUCAAAAGCAACGAUGAGAGAGAUGCCAAUGAAAGUUUCAUAUUAUAGCGAUGUUUCGAAAUAUAUUAGGCUAUCCAGCCUUCGUUUUGACGGCGUUGAGUCAUGGACCAUGAUCAUGAACUCGAGUGUUUAUCAUCUUUCCAUUUUCCAAAUUAAUUGAUUUUAUCUGAAGUGGGUAUUUAGGUACAACUCGAUUCUUUUAAUGCAAUUCUGAAAAUCUUUAGCCUGGAAACUUAUCAUCGUUGAAUGUUUAGUCCAAAGGUCUUUUUUUAUAAAACAAACAUUCCGAAAUAACAAAAAAAUAAAGUGAUUUAAAGAGAAAUCGAUUUUUUUAUCCCAAAGAUUAAAGUCUUGAAUUUGUAUUCGAGUAAGAUGGUUUGUAGGUUAUCAUCCGACAAGAUUCAGAUUAUUCGAAUAAAGCUUGACCAGAAAAAUUAUAAAACCGGACCGAGGGCGCUUCAGUCGCUUUUUAGACUAAAACUGAUCACGCAAUUAAAUGACCGCGUGGAUAUCAGAAAAUAACAGUAUUUGCUGCGAAACCACAAGUCAACAAAAGUUUCAGCUGAAUUGAACGAAGCGCGUUUCAAUAUAGGGCGUAAUUUCAAUUAAAUUUUAUUUAUGACCCUUGCGGAUUUGAGAAUGAAACGAAACACGAGCCUUAGUGUCGCUCUGUAUAGCAUAUAGCGACAUCCCUUUCUAACUGUACUCAAGUAAAGAUCUUAGUUGUCAUUCUGUAAUAAGAGUCAAAUAUUUUAGGGUGAUUGCCACAUCUGCGAGUAGCGUACAUACAUGGAUUUUUAAAAUUAAAUGCUUACUUACGUUUUUUACCUUUUAUUUUUCUGGUCGGGCUUUUUAGAUACCUUCAGAUAGAUACCUUCUCACAUUGUUUCAUUACCUACUUAUAUUUCAUGUAUCUUCUAACAUGAGUUUUUAAGAAAGCAGGAUUGUAGUGCAAUAAGAAAUUGUAAAUAAAAAUGUGAAAAACGAAUUUUGAUGUUGUGCUUAAACAUUCAAUAAGUAUUAUUUAUUUUAAUCGGAAUACCUUAAACUUACCUUAAUAAGUAACUGUAUUUGGAAGCGGUCUUCUCCGUUAAGGAUAGUUUAAGAAGGGUGGAGCGCCCGCCUGGGGAUGAAACAUCCACUUACCGCAAUGAAAUAUCACUACCUUUUUGGUUUUGUUUCUGGCUGUAAAAUUUUCAAGGGGUCUCGUAGGAGGGGAUUAAGUUCAUACUGGCAAGGUAAGGCUGGCUAAAGCGGGUGGUGGAGUAAUUGCUGCCAUCUACACAAAAAAACAUUACACCACUGAUUAAGCAAGAAUUGUACACGCCUGAUUGCUAAUAUGCGUGCCCUUUGAGGGGCCACAGUGGAAAACGUAGGUUUCGAUAUUAAAGAUUUUCAUUUUAUAAGAGUUGGGCCGAGAUAUUUCUCUUGAAUACGUUUUUGAUCGUUUCGACUGAGGGUCCACUUACUAGCCUUUUAUUCUGUACUGGUAGAAUAAAUAAACCACGUACUCGCAGGGUAGUAUUUUGACUACUUCUGCUAAAUUUUAAGGCUUGCCAAAGAAACAGCUUUAACUACAAAUUUGUAGCAGUAGAGGAAUUUUGAACACGUAAGAACUGAGGUCCCAUCUUCCGAUUGGAUUGUCUUUAUUUGUAGUCACUCAAAUUUUUGUACGUAGUUCUACUAAUUACCUUCUAAAUAUUAUCAUUCAUCAAAAUUAUUUAAAUUGGUCAGAUACAGUAAUAUGAAAAUUGAGGCUUUUCGUCUGAGAACCCGAUUCGGUGAGUCGCAGCGUUCGACUUACAACAGCUACAAAUUUAUCCUUCUGGCUACGAUUUUUUUAAAUUAUUAUAUUAAGUAUAUUAAAAUCAAUGUAUGUUAAUUCCUCCUACGUUUCCCACUGUGGCCCCUCGGAGGGCACUCACAUUGUUUGCUAGCAUAUUCCUCAAUGCCGUCUAUUGUAUACAUAAUACUAGUUCUUGAAAACAAUUUCUAUUCCGAACCCCUUAGAAGUAACCUAUCUUAAAUGUUAUAAUGCGACUGAAAAUAAGUGGCGAUAGUUAUACGAAUAUUGUAAAUCUGAGCUAGUCUCUUAUAGGAGAAAGCAAGUGGGAGAUUAACUAACGCAGAUUAUGCUGAUGAAAUGACAAUGUAAAAUGAAGCCGCGUCGGUUUUAGGAUGCGGUUGUAUGAAUGCGGCCUUUGCUUCUCAGCGUGCCUUGUGUUAAUGAAUUUAGGAGGGCUAAUUAAAAUUAUAUAAAAGCGCAAAACUUCUAUAUGCGUUAUAGUGGAGUUAAUUUAUGUUCAAAUGUUAUCGGCAAAAUUUAUGUAUUGUUUAACUUUUAAUCAAUAUAUUACUUUGGUUUUAUAUUCUGAUCUUUUCUUGUACCUACUAAUAAUUUGAAAAUACCGCAUUGUCAAACUGGUGUUCUUAUAUUUUCCAGUUGUUUUAUCUAACGAGUAUUACAUAUUAUUUACAGAUGGUCAAGCAGUCUUAAAGAAUAUUGCAAACCAAAACAAAAGAGCGGGCAUAUAAUUAUAAAAAAAAAUAGUCCCUUGUAAAAUUAUGUACCCUUAGCAUGAUUUAAUAUCGAAUUCGUAACAUUUGCGAGUCUGUCAUUGUCAAAUGUGUACUGAUUUUUAGUUCUCGUUACGUACUUUGUGGCGUUGUUGUUCAAGUUUCCAUACAAAAUUUGACAUUGACAUUUUCGACUCGGAAACGUCAAGAAUUAGAUAUUGGUUCGUGCUAAGGUUACAGAUUUGACUUAUUCUAAGCUGUCGUAUAGAGGACUACAUAAUAAUAUCCGCAUAGAUACAGUCAGCUUCAUAAAAAUUUGAGGUGACACCUCGCAAAUACAUGUUAAGAGCAAAGGUUCAAUUAUAUCUUUGCGUUUAAAGUUAUCUAAAUAUUGUUUACAACCAACCAGUCAUAUUUCUUUAGAUCAAAAGUUUCAUAUUAUGCACCAUGACAAGGAUCUUAUAUAAUUUAUGUACGCUUCGUAAAUGGGUAUUAUUAUCUAAGCGUCCAGAGCACUCGUAAAUAUCUUUAGUAUCUUAUAGUUUAUUUUAACAUCGUAAAUUAAGGGUCUUUUUAGUCUUUUAAUUACGUUGGUGUAUUUGCGUUUUUAUUUAUGGUGUUAUUUUAAUAUUUAAAUAGAAUAGAUUUAUAAAUCAAGUCGUAAAGCAUUUGUUGUCGAUUAACAUUAAAAUACGGUCCUCAUAUUUUGCACACUCAACUCCAUCCUGCAGAUGCAUAUGGAAAAAACCCACCAUAACAUUGGUAUUAGUUUGUUUGGUCUAGUACCAGGGCAAUAUAAAUCUGGUACAAGAAGAUAUUUAUUUCGUAAUAUUUUCUGCAUUUUGCUUCCAUAAUAAAAUUAGAAUAGAGAACAUAUGCAAUAGGAAAUAUCUAAAAAUAACAAGAACCGUAAAUACCACUAUUUUUAUAAAUUAUUUAUUAGUGUUUACUUUUCUCUACUACCUUUGAGUGCUUUGAUACAAUGGAAUAGUUUUUCGCGAAUAUAUACUUCCAGACAAAUGUAUUGGCUCACCCAGCAUUUUAAGUUUUAGCUAGCAGAAAAAAAGUUACAUAGAGCAAAAAAAUUUUACGCAGUUUGGAAACUGAUUUAUUAACCAUCUAUUUCGUGUGUGUUUUUUGUAUAUUCAAUUCUGCUCAACCUAACAUAUAUUUUUGCUACAGAUCGUAGAAACUUAAGUGGGCCGAUAGAUGUGUCCGGGAGUGUAUAAUUGGAUCCCUUGAUACAUUUAUAAUAUUCAUCAAUUGUGAUGAAUGUUAUAUAAUGUAUGCGUUUAUAUAAAAUUGAACUUGUGUAGCUUAGAUAAUAAUGAUUAGUUUUCACACUACUAUCUUCAUGGAGCUGACUUUACUUGAUAUUGUGAAGAUGGAAACGCAAAUACGAAGGAAUCAGACAAAUCUGUGACAAAGUACAAGUUAUUACGCAAUACUGGUAUGAUAAAUAUAAUGCCUAAUGUGAUAUAAGUUUCAUAAUGCUUUUAAUGUAAAGUUGUUUGUUUUGUCGCGUCGAUUUUUAUUUCUAAAGUACAAACGAAUAAAAACCACUUUUUGAACGAUUGUUGUGUGUUUUAAAUAUUUCAUUAUAACGACUUUGGAAAUAUAUAAGUAAAUGUUAUUUUACUAUGUAUAAAAUAAAUAUAUGUAUGCUAAAAUAAUACAACGCUUUUCAGUUUUAUCCCAUUCAUGUUGAAAUUAUUCGUUACAAAAAGAUUGAUAAAUAAGUAUAUUCUAAGUCAUAAUAUAAAAUUUUAAGAGACGGGUGAAUUUACGCUGCCUUAUUUACUAAGUUUAUUCUAGGACUAUCUUAAAAUAUUUUGUAAAUGGAAUAUUAUAAUUUUGUUUGACAAAGCAUAAUUGAAAUUAACAUUUCCAACUUAUAAAUAUUCGUUUGAGCAUUGAAAAUGAGAUCGAAUAAUUAAAAACUGCAAAACUAUUGUUUUAUUGUAUGGAGUUAAUAUAAUACAUAAGGAGGGGCCCAAAUAACGAGUCGUCUGACUAGCUGUGCACUUAUCAUGUAUCAUGCGAUGCAAACUUCAUUGGUACUUUAAAACUAUCCUGAAUUGGAUAAAAUAUAGUCUUGUUACCAAGGACUCUAUAUACUGUUGAAAUUUCAUCAACAUUUUGAUUAAUAUUUAUUUAAGAUUGAAUGAGUACUUGUCAAUAUGUAAACCUAUUAAAUCCCUCUUUGGUUUGGCUUAACAACAGGAUGCGAGACAAACUUUGAUCCUGACUACAAAAAGAAGGAACUUCUCCUAAAAGGCUUUCUUAAUAUUAGGCAAUCUCAAGUAUUGUGAUUACAUACUAACCGUGAAUUAAGAAGGAAAAAUUGACUUCUUUUUUUAACAAAUAUUUUUUGUUGUCAAUAAAAGACUCAAUCACAAUAAUUAAAUUGGUAUCUAGUAGCCAAUUGUGAAUUGAGAUAUUUUUUUGGAGUGAUAUAGUAUAUUUAUGUCAGUGCUAACCUGUUUAAUGCGGCGCAUUCUGUCGGUAAGUCAAAAUUGUUAUAACAAGUUUAUUAUUAUUACCUUUAUAAUAGAAAUAUCAAAGUGUACUAUGUAGUCCAACCCUUGCAAAUAUCGAGGGGAUCCAAUGGGGGUACUCCACUUGGCUAUUCGUAUUUAUUACACUAGUUAACACGAUUUUUGAGUCUUGAGUUCUUUGUACCAGAUUUUGAUUUCUUAUACCUAAUUAAUGUAAGAAACAAUAUUUUUAUUUAAAAAAGUUUGCUUUUGUAGCUAUCAGAAUGAAAUUUUAAAUUUCAUGGAAAAUUGCAAACUUUUUUGUGUAAGUUGUAUAUAACAAAAAAAUAAUCAUUAAUAUAUUUAUUUAAAACUCUUUUAUUUACUUUGGACAAAUAAACCAAGUCUAUGAAUACAUAAAAUAUAUUGAUUUAGUUUUAAAAAAAAUAUAUUUUUAGCAUAUUUUAUAAUUUUUAGUCUAAAUUUUUUCUAAAGUAAAAAAAAUACUAUGGGAAUUUGGUAUAUCCUCAUGUGACGCCCAUAUUUUAUCUUGACUUCGAAUAGAAAGUUAAAGUAAGCUUGAUAUGCUUAAUUAUGCCUUUUACCACUGGAUAAACAACAUUUUUUGACCUUAAAUUUAAUAAAAUCUCCGGAAAUAAAUCAAACAGAGUCCACAUAGUUUUUACUCAUUUUGGAAGACAUUUUACCGCUCAUGACUCACAAAUUACGUCGUUUCCCUUCAAUAAAGAUUUUUUUCAUGCAACUGAGACAUAAUAUAAUGCUGAAAAGUAACCAAAUGUACUUAAAAUUUAAGAAGACGCAAAUGAUUUAAUGAUAGAAUUUAAAUACUGUUUAUUUGUAUUGAAACGAAAACAAUAAAAUCAGUACCCUUAGUAUUAGUGCGAGCUCACGAAAACUAACAUAGUUUUCGUAAUUGUAAAACUCGUACUAAGGGUACAGGUCUAUAAUAAAUAAAAGUAUAUCAUACUAAAUAUUAUAAUUCUUUUUCUGACACUCUGAAUGUGCUGCUGGUAGUGAAGUAAACAAAAAUAACUUGGGAAUUUUGUAUAUCGUCAUGAGGCAUCCAUAUUUUAUCCUGAAGUCAAAUAGGAAGUUAAAAUUAAACUUCAUAUGUUUAAUUAAGUCUUUAACUACAGGUUAAACCAUUGUUAUGACUCUAAAUUUAAAAAAAAUCUCCGGAAAUAAAGCAAACAGGGUCAACGUAGUUUUCACUCAUUUUUGAAGGUAUUUACCGCUCUAGGCAUUUACAAAAUACGUCGUUUCUCUAAAAGGUGUGUACAUGCACUGAGUGAUUGCUCUACUACUUCCUAUUCCAUACCCAAUAUCCUUCUGCACUCCUUUCUUUUGCUUAAUAAAAGCGGUAGAUCCUCAGCCUUUUACAAAAGUUAUACAUAUUUAUUUAUCAUUGUAUAAAGUACAAAAGCAAACUUUUUAAAAUAAAAAUUAGGUUUCUGGUUAUUUUUCGAUAUAAAUAAUUAGACAAUAGUCAUUAAAUAACAAACUCAAUUUUUUUUUUGUUCACUUGUUAUUAGAGGAGCUCGAUGGCGUAAGUGGUAAGCGCGUUCCGCAGCGAUCGUUGAAUUAAAGCAACUUUCGCAGUGGUCGGUCAUUGGAUGGGUGACCGAAAAUUUACUAUCUCGAGCUCCUCCGUGCUUCGGAAGGCACGUUAAGCCGUUGGUCCCGGCUGCAUCUGCAGUCGUUAGCACCCACCAACCCGCACUGGGCCCGCGUGGUGGGUCAUGGCCCAAUCUCCCUAUUCCAUCCAUAGGGAAGCCUGUGCCCCAGCAGUGGGGACAUUAAUAGGCUGAUGAUGAUGUGUUAUUUGUAAACUUGAUAAUAGUCAGACCUUCUUAUGCUUUAUAAGGAAUGAAAAGGACAGACUGGAAUCAAGUUUACUAUUUGUAAACUUGCAAAAUAGCAAAGUUAAUCUAAAGUACGUAUCACAUUUUACAUUCUUCAAUUUGAAAUUCCAUUUCGUCCAAUCUACCGUGUUUGACAUAAAAAUGUGACAUUUAAUUUCAUAAUAAGUUUCUUUGAUCUUAAGUGUAAGCAAGAUCUUGUCAUUUUUUACAUAAUGAAUCAUGAACAAUAUAUUAAAAAUGCAAACUCGCUAUUUUAGACCCCUAGUCAGAAAAUUGUAGUCAACAAAGUAAAUACAUCAGAUUAUCCAUUAUUGACAAUUCCAAUUCAACUUUGAACUGUUACAUAAUAUACGUAAGGUCCAAUAUUGAAUUUACUUUCGAAUGUACAAAGGUGUAUUCUGGAGUUAACUUUAUAGAUGACCAAUGGCAAGUAUGUAUUCAUUAAAAUUUUCAAUACCUUCAAGGAGAAGCGACGCGAAGUUAUAGUACAUAUAUAACAACAACUGAGCAGUCAAUAAAUUUUAGCCUGCCAUGAAUUUCGGUGUUAAUUGCUUGACAAUAGAUCUCUAGUCAAGAUUGUCGAGAUUCUUUUAUUUAUUUGUAGCAAGGAUAAGCGAUUAUCGCCCUAAUGUGUUACGACCUCCACCAUUGCACGUAGGUGAUCGGGGGGUGUAAAAUAUGUUUUACAUUAUGAUUUAAUGAAAUUUAAGUAGCCUUUUUACAUUAUACUCAUACAAAUCUAAGUCAAGUUUGACAUUUCAUAUUAAAAUUUGUAAAAACGAAUCAUUAAGAACAAUAUAAGUAGAAAACAUGCAAUAUCCCUAUUUUAGACCCCCUGAUUCAAAAGUAAUUUGAUGUGCAAAACAUAGAAAAUUCAACCUUCAAAUCAUAUAGAAACAGAUCAAUAUUCCAAAUACAAAUAUCACAACAUUUUCCUUAAUAUAAAUUUUCUUUACACAUACAUCUUAUAAUAAUAAACAUCAAUAGUUAAGUAUUUAACUAGAUACAAUUGAGAAUUUACAAUAUAAAAUAAUUUUAAUGCAAGAUCUAUACAAAUAAUGAUCAGAAAAUCAUAAUAAAAGAGAGCAAUAAUACAUUUAUCAAUAAUAAUUAUAAAAUUAAAAUGGACACUAAAAUAUGGCCACUGGGAGAGUAAAUGCAUACAAAAGCAGACACUUUCCAUUAUCCGUUCAUAAUAUAACAUUGCCAAUUUUCCUUUUUACAUAUUUUAAAUACCUGAGUAGAUAUUAUCCUUAAGAAACAUUAUUAUGACGUACCUAGGUCAUUUCCUAAGCACAUCAAAUAUUUUUAUACAAAAAAAAACCUUUCGCAUCCUAACUAGAUUUAUGGAACUGAUAAUGUACAGUCUUCUUUACAUCGGUUUUUAAAUCUGAGUAUUUUCACAAUAAAUUAAAGCUUCAUUACAAAAUAGAUAUCAUAUAAAUAAAUUAGGUAAAUGCAAUUAAAUCGUUACUUACAGUAUCAUAUAGUCAGCAUAUAGAUGUAGGAUCUCCUUCCAUAGUGCAUGCUAUAUUAUCUAAUUUAUGAGCUAAGUGCAUUUUGUUUUCUAGUCCUAAUAUAAUUUGUUCUCUAUAUUUACUGACAUAAAUGUACAACUCUUUUAAGGCAGACAGAGUAUCAAACUCAUUCAACUGUUCCACAGAGAGUUGUUGCAUAGAAGUACUUAACUCUUGGUCUGUUACUUGAGGUAAUUGAGAGACGGCCUGGUAAAACUGUAUAACCAUAUCUCUGUAGGUGGGUAAGUCUUUUGCAAAUAACAAUUUAUUGGAGGGAGAAUCUUUACACAGUCGGUGUUCUGUUAGGGAGCAGGCAUCCAUGAAUGUUUGAGCUAUGACUGAUAGUGAAGAAUCUACAGUUGAAGUUUUGUUAAUAUCAAAUAUAAAAUCUGGAUUUUUUAUGAGGUUGACCCAAAAUCUUAAAGGUAAACUAUUUGACUUCCAUGCAUGGACUACUUCUGGAUUCAUGAUGCCAUGUACUCUUGCGGCAUCAUCAAAUAGGUCAAACAACCACUUAACUGCAGGAGGUAGCACUUCAUUUACUGUAAGUAUAGUACUAAAGAAAUCAUCAACAAACUUGUGCACAGUACCUUUAGUGGAUAGGAGUCUAGUGAGGAAUAUUUCUGGUAUAGCUUUGUGACUGUGCUCUGACGAUUUGUUUACAAUGUGCUGAUAUUCAAUGGGUUUCACCAAAUGAUAAUAAUGCACAUUCUGAUCUGUAAUGUCACUGUUAUAUACCCUAAUAUGGGAAUUGGAGCAAUAUAUUCCUGUGCAAUUCUUGCAGGGUAUUUUGUAGGCAGUGUUGAAACUAUCAUUUUGUCUAGAUAUCAAUGACAUAACUGCCGACUCUUUAACUCCAUAAUGAGCUAAAGUAUUGAGUUUCCGCCAGCCAUUCAAAGUUUUUGUUGUAAGAUCCUCAUCUUGGAGUGUCACAUGUCCACCUCUGCCGUGUCGCCAUUCUAAAUCAACUUCGUGGACGGACGGUCGUAAAGAAAAUGGCGUAUUUUUAAACAAUGCAUCUAAAAUUUUAGACUUUACUUGAGAUAUGCUAUCACAGUCUAAAACUUUACAUUGAACUUUAUCAUCAAAAUCAUCCUGUACUAUAUGCAAUGUAAUUAUUUGAUAAUUAAUUUGUUCUUUUAAAAGUUUUUCCUCUGAUAAAGAAUAACGUGCUUCAUGUGUUAUGGCAUCAACUACACCUUUUUCAAUUUGAUGCUUAAUGGCCUUGAAAAGCAAAAAUAAUGACGAUCCUGCAUAGUCCUUUAAAUAGUAGUACAUGCACAGGGCCAUCCAGUUGGUUAACAUUUUCUCAACUACACUUUCUGUUCUUCUCAACAUAAGUUGAGGAUGUUUAUUGCAAACUGAUUUAUCAAUUAGCCGUAACAAUAGAGACUUUAAUAUGUCAGUAGCAUAUUCCAUCUUCCCCAUUAGAAUUAUCAUCAAAAGAGAAGCAACAUUUACUUUAUCUCUUAUAUUGAAGGACUUUUGUGCCUCUAAAGUGUCUAUAAAUGACAACAGGAAACAUUUAUUAUUCAAAAGUUGUUCAAAUUGAAUCAUGGCUGCAUCAUAAUUAGUUCUAGGAGCAUUUAUAAACUGACGCUGAACAUUUAGUAUGGGAUGAUCUGAUACUCCUGGAAAAAAUACUUUCAUCACAUAAUUAACAUGAUCAAGUGUUGGAAUACCUGAAUGUUCCAAAUCUGCUGCCAAAUCUGACAUAUCAGUUUGCAAUUCAGCAAAUGCUAAUUUACAUUCUAACCGAACAUUACUUUCAAGUGUAUCCAUUUGUAUUUGUAUUCUCUUGUACUCUCGUUCUGCUUUUGUACUUCGACGCCUGUACAUGACCAAAACAAUCAUAAAUAUUAAGACCAGAAAAAAUGUGCCCGCUGCUAUACCUGCAAUAGCCUCAGGUGGAAAAUUGUAAUUUCUCAUGAGUUCAUAAUGUAUGUAACCAAUGGGAAAUCUCAAAUUUUUACCUACUUUCACCACCACCAAAGGUAAAUUUAUAUCUGAUAUUUGUACUCCAUUUUCAUCAGUGUUAGGAGGUUGUACUUGAGGUGGUGUACAAAGAAGUUGUUGCAUAGUAAGACUUGUAACAUUACAUGUUUGAGUACCAAUAGUUACUACAACAUCAGACUCAUCACUAGCUCUUAUUAAAUUCUCACCUUCUAUUACUAAUGGAUCACCACCCUUGUAUGACUUUAUCCUGUUAGGAAAGUGGUAUACAUUUGGAUCUUCUACAAAGACCAUAUGUGUCCUUGGAGGGUUGAAAUAUUUUUCAAGGUCAUGCAUUGUUUCAACAUUAUCCAUGACAAAUCCAACUUUCAUUGCUAUUUGAGGUGUACUAGUUUGGGAUUUUGUUGCUUGUAAAAUUUCAUGAUAUUUUUUGUUUAUCGCAGGGCUAGGACAUUCCAUUUGAUUUGAAUUUAAAACAGCACAUUCUGUAAAGUUUACAGGUAUUACUUCAUUUGCAUAGUAUAAUUUCAUCAUUGGCUUUUGGAUUGUGUGCAAAUUCGUGCCAUGAACUGUAAUCAUUCUGCCACCAGAUACAAAACUUUUCAGAGGUUUAAUUUCCAUGAUUGUUGGAUCAGCUGUGUAAUUAAACAAAUCUCCAUACAGAGUUCGAUUGGCAUUGUCAAUGGAGACUGUUAAUGUGUGUAUUACUUGUGGUGUAUUGGCUCUCGGAGUGAUACAUAUCAACCGGCUGUUAGAUGUCUGAGUUUUAUUAACAGAGCAAGGCAAUUCAUCAAGGUAAGCUGAAACUGUAGAUCCUAUGUUCAAAUGCUGUCCACCUAUAGCCAAUUGAGUUCCACCUGAUACUGGCCCUACAGAAGGAUAAAUGCCUUGCAAUUUGAUGUUUUUAUAACUAAAUAAUACAGAUGAUUCUGUGUAACCUGCAUCAUUUUCUACAAUUACAGGAGCUACAACUGAUCCAUUUGAAGGUCCAGUUUGGCAUGUUAUACUCACUGACACUUCAAAAUCCACUAUGUCACAUAGUACAUCACCAAUACGAACUUUUCCUGUUACUUCCUCCACUCUCAGACCAAGAUUACUACCUUCUAUUGUCACUAUAGUUCCACCUUCUAUUGGACCACUCAAAGGUUUGAUCAUAUCAAUUCUAGGCUUUGGACAUUCCGUCACAGGAUUUUCUAAGCAGGACUCACUGUAAGAGCAAGAAUUACCACACCAAGUGCAUUGAUAAAUAGAGUUUCUAGUUAUACAAAGAGAACAAUCAGCAUGGUCUCUAUGAGAACCCAGAAUCUCACAUUUGUAUAAUGUAAUGGUGAUUGUAUCUAUGUAAUGUUUAUGAUUCCAAACAACUUUAACACUAACAUUGUACUCCCCUACAUCUUCCUCAUAAGAAUAAGUUGUUUUGUCACAGACAAUGUAGUGAUUGGAUUCAACUCGAGCUGGUAAUAUCAUGUUGGCAAGUUCAAUGCUGACAAUACAUUGGAAUCCAGUAUGCCCAGCUUGCAAAUGUGGCAAGUUUUCUACUUCUAGUUCUAAUUCUUUAGGAACAUUAUUAGGUAGUAAAAUUGUUUUUUUGUAUUGUCUUAUCCGUGGACAAUGACCAAUGCCAUGAUUUAACAAUUUUGUUGGAUUGUUUUCACCACUGAUAAUGGUUCUUUGACACACAGAAGUAUCAUGUGUACAUUUGUUGUCAUAAAUACACCAGUUGCAUGCCCACUCACUCAUAAUACAAGAAUGACAAGUUGUAUGCUUUGUGCAGUCAUAAAAAGCAAAGUUUCUUGAAACAAAAUCUUUGUUGGUUUCAGAGGAAUGUACAGAAAGUGGAACAUACACAUGAUCUAAAUUUUGUGAAAUUUUUGGUCUAUGUUUAACAUCAGGAGUAGGGCAUGCCAGGCCAUUUGAUGUAACAGCAGCAUCAAUAGGUGGAGUAUUACCAAAAACACAUUUGUAUUUUGCCCCAAAUGGAAGCUCAGGUAAAGUCCUGAUAAUGAGUUGCACAGUGGUAACUUCUGUCAUUGAUAUUCUAUCAGGCAAAAUUUGCUCAAAAUCAAUACAUUGCUGGCCAGUAUAUUGAGACAACCAUCUUGGAGCACUUUGAGUACCUUUCUGACACAUAUUUUGGACAGUGCAGCGCUUCUCUAAAGAACACCAGCCACAGUGAGGGUCAUUAGACUCGAGACAAGAUGAACAGUUGCCAUGCUCUGCACACCGUUCAGUUGGUAUUUGUAUUAUUGAAUUUCUUGCUAACACAUACAAAGUCUUUUGAUAUGGUGAUAAAGUUGUAUCUGGAAGUAUUUUUUGACCAGGCAAUAGUUCCUCACUAGAAUACUCAAGAGCUUUAUCUGCAUCAACUAAAACUUUUUUCAAUACACCAUUAUUUGUACCAAGAAAAGCAACAGUAUGCAAUCCAGUCACCGACAUGGUAACAGAAGUUAUCAAUGUGUCAUUCCAAUGAAUUACAGAAACCGUUUUUAUUGGAUACAAUCCACUAAUUUUUAGACCUACCUCACAGAAAUUAAGGAUAUUUCCUGUUGUACCUACACUAGGACAUUUACCAUCAGAUAUCAUGCCAGAAAUGUAACCCAUAUUCCUAGCUUUAGUACUACCAUUGAAACACAUGUGCACAUUUUCAUUAAACUUAAUCUCAAUUUCUUGCAAAGAAAAUACACAUAUGGCAGAUUUAGCCAUUGGUUCAUUGGUAAUACCUUUAGAUGGACUGAAUAAUGCCACAAGAAUUGAAUCACCAGUUUCAAUACCUAGUUGAUUAGCAAGAUUGGCACCAGCUCUAGCAAUUUUUGCAUCUUGAACUAAAUUAUAAUUGACCACUUCACUCUUACCAUUAAUAGUCUCUUCACGAACAUGGCACUCUAAUGUAACUUCAGUAUAGCUGUUAUAAUUGUCAUCAUUGACACAGGUGCGUGCCAAACGUGAUACAUAACCAAGCUCCUCAUUACCAGCUAGGUGGGAAUGUUUUUGUAUAAUCAAGAAGUAUGCAUAAUCACUGGCAUUAAAUCCAUAAACAUAUUGCACUAAGAAAUUGUCACGAUACUUAACAUCUAUUUGUAUUAAACUCUGUUUUGAAAAAGUGAACUGGGCCAGUUCUAGAGUCAUGAGAUCGCGGCUGGAUAUUGCAGGAACAUCGUGGCGAUAUUCACCAUUGUUAGUAAAUGUAGUACCGACAUACAUAACAUUAGACCGAUCCCAUGAGUUAUAUCUUUCAGGUCCAAUAAAUGCAUAUGUAGAGGCAUCAGCGUCAUUGGCAGCAACACUUACGGGAACGAAUUCUGGUAGUGCUGACAAAUCACCCAACUUAUACUUGAAACACGAACCCUGAGCAACAGAUCCACACGCAAUCACGAUCCUCGCUUCCUGGUCUAUUACUAAUAUUUUAUUCACAUUAUCGAUGUAAGUUGUUUUUAUAUCAGGAGAUGUACAUCCACUAGCAUGGCACAUAGGGUUGUCGAGUUUUGGCCCAGUCCGUACGACAUGAAUUGGUUUCAAAUCAGGGCUAAGUUGAUGAAGCCAAUUUAAUGAACCAGCGUACACUUGACCACUUACUUUAUCAACAGCUAGAUGGUUAAAGUGAUAAGAUUCAUUCUGUUGAUUAGGAUAUUGCGAUAUAAAUUCGUAUCCAUUUACUAUUGUGCUUCGUAGCCAGAGUGUUAUGACUAAUAACGUCUUGAAAGUAGCCAUUAUCACAUUUUAAAUUGAAUAUCCAAGAUUAUUAUUCACUUUGUCACAACCACUGACUUGUUUGAACUUAAUUUUCAACCCAUUUUAGUUUACAAAAAUAAAAUGUAAAUUGUAAUAGCAUCCAUCGAUGCCGAUGACAUGGAAU